AUGGCGAGCCUGCUGAAGAAGACCACCGGCCUUGUGGGACUGGCUGUCUGCGAGACUCCGCACGAGAGGUUAAAACUAUUGUACACAAAGAUUCUUGAUGUUCUUGAGCAAAUCCCUAAAAAUGCAGCAUAUAGAAAAUAUACAGAAGAGAUUACAAAUGAGAGGUUGGACAUGGUUAAAGCGGAACCAGAUGUGAAAAAAUUAGAAGACAGGCUUCAGGGUGGCCAAAUAGAAGAGGUGAUUUCUCAGGCUGAAAAUGAACUAAGUCUGGCGAGAAAAAUGAUCCAGUGGAAGCCAUGGGAGCCUUUAGUGGAAGAACCGCCUGCCAACCAAUGGAAAUGGCCAAUAUAA